AGGAGGUGCGGAAGAAGAAGAGGAAGAGGAGGAAGAGGAGGAAGGCAGAAGAGAAUCAAUCGAGAACAUAGUCGGGUCUGUCCAAAAUCGGCGGAAUAAUGUUUCUGCGUAUCGACAGGAUCGUGCGUUCGGGGAUCUUGUUUCUGUUGUGCAUCGAGUCGAGCUUUCAGCAGGAGGAAGAUAUACCCCAUAACGAAGUCAAAAACUGGGCCUUGAAGUUUGGAGUGGAUUUAUGGGAAUUUGGUAAGCAAGUGACCAAAAUGGGCGAAAUACAGAGGAAUUAUUAUAAGGUCGAGGCGAAUCUCAUUAAAAGGGACGGCUUGGUACUGGUCAGAGAAAUGGCUGCUGAAGUUAAAAAUAUGAUGGAUUUCAAAAUGAACGCUGUUAUGAGACUAAUGGAAAAUGCGGAACAGGCUGCAGUUUCGCCGCCAAGGGAUGCUAACAUUUUGCCUAAAUAUUCUUCCUAUCGUUAUAAUCUUUUUACGACUGAUGGCAAAAAGUCUUCCGAUUCUCGAGAAAUCUAUCUAAAUACGCAUCAUCAUUUCGAUUGGUUGGCAGUAAACGUUUCUUUAUCGUCCGUUCUCGUACCGGGUGAAAUUGAUGAAACAGAAAGCGACGUAGCUGCAGGCAUUCUAUGGAGCGAAUAUUUGGAUCCUCUUUUCAUCAAUAAUUAUGAAAGCGAUCCUUCCUUAUCGUGGCAGUACUAUGGUGCAACGUCAGGAUUUUUGAGACGUUUUCCUGCAAUAACGUGGCCACCGGUAGAAGGAGUAUUUGGUUCUAACCAAAAAGCACCCUUAGUCCUUUCGAAUCCUGUAUUCCGGCACGUGUACGACUUUAGGACUUCCAAUUGGUUCGUCGGUGCUGCCAAUAGUCCUAAAGAUUUAGCUAUUUUAAUCGACACUAUGGGAUAUGACAGCGAACGGAAUGAAAAAUUGCUAAUCGCUACGACCAAAGCUAUAUUGGAUACGUUAGGUCCUGACGAUUACGUCAACGUUUAUCGAUACGGCGAGACAGCUGAGGAAAUCGUUCAGUGUUUCAAGGAUAGUCUGGUUCAAGCUUCGCCAGAAAACAUACAGGAACUCAAGUCAGCUAUGAAUACAUUGAAACACGAGGAAAGUACUAAGAACAUAUCCGCGGCCUUGAGUACGGCCUUUGAAAUCCUUCACAAGUACAACAGAACCGGUCAGGGCAGUCAAUGUAAUCAAGCGAUCAUCUUGAUAACAACCGACAACGAAGCUCCUCCUACGGAAGUGAUCAGAAGGUAUAACUGGCCACACAUGCCAGUUAGAUUAUUUGCUUACCUUAUUGGCGGUGACAAGAGUCCGGAACUCUUUGACAUGGCUUGCACCAACAAAGGAUAUUACGCGAGAAUUACUAAACCGGAAGAGAUUAAAAGUAAAGUUUUCGAAUAUGUUAAAGUACUUGCACGGCCUAUGGUGCUUUAUCAGCACGAUCAUCCUAUACAUUGGAGUCCGGCUUACAUUGGCGGAAAAAGUAAAAGAUUCGGUAGAGAAAAUCACGGACAAUUGAUGACAUCCGUCACUGCUCCGAUUUUGGAUCGUCGAAAUCAUACGUUAAAAAGAGCUAAUUUAUUGGGCGUCGUUGGUACCGACGUUCCUGUCGAAGAAAUACAAAAACUGGUACCACCUUACAAGUUGGGAGUCAAUGGAUACUCCUUUAUCGUUGACAAUAACGGUCGUGUCUUGUAUCAUCCGGACCUGCGUCCAUUGCCAGAAAAUUCAGAUUACGAAGAGACACUAAAGCCUACGUACAUAAGCGUAGAUUUAUCGGAAGUUGAACUAGCGGAAUACGACGGACCCUCGCACCCUUUGAAUAAUUCACUUCUUUUAGAUUUGAGGCACGAUAUGAUCGAUCAGAAAGAAGGGGAGAUCGGCUUUAGCGUGAAAAUUCAUUACGAUGACAUGAAAAGAGUGACGAUCAGACGACACAAUUAUUUUUACAAGCCGAUAGAGGGUACACCGUUUUCAUUAGGUUUGGCUUUACCCGAAGGGUAUGGCAUGUUCGAACUCCUUGCCGAACAAGAGAUCAAGCACAUGGCAGUCAAUGCGACCGAAUACUUUAAAGGUAAUAAUUGGAAAGUACAUCCAGAUUGGGUGUAUUGCGAAUAUAAUUCGGCAUCGAGCAAGACGUUCAUUUCCCCGGAGGAACGCAUAAUACACUUUUUAUCGCGUACGAAAAAACCCGCGUGGAAGUGGAUGUCCUUGAGACCAAGGAGUCCAAGCUCGCACCAUAAGCAAGCGAGCAAGCCAGAGAAGGACUCUCAUUACUGUGACAAGGGAUUAAUUCAAUCCUUAAUUUUGGACGCUAUCGUAACGGAUGGGUUUGAUAAAAGAGGAAAUUCGAUGCACAAAGAAGAGAAUACAAACCCUAUUGCCAUACUGAUGGCUCUACUGCACAGCAAAGGCAGGGGUAGAUUUGGGGUUAUCAGAAGUUUUGUCGCAACUAGGAGUGGACUUUUUCGUUGGCACGAACAUCAACAGAGUUAUGAAAAAACAGAGGAGCCUUGGUUUCCCGAACAAUACUCAAGAGCUAUGGAGUCUUCUUGGUAUAAACGUGCAGUCGAUCAACACUCCAUCGAACCGGAAAGUUUCGUUUUCAGCGUUCCAUUCGAUGCUGCCGAAAAACCGAAUCCUCUGGUCACUGCAACGCAUGCUAUUUUUAUUGGUAAAGGACAUAAAGCACCGGCUGCAGUCGUAGGAUUGCAAUUUCAACAUUCCUCUUUGGCAUCCCAUUUCGUUAACAUAACGUCAACUUGUACAGCUGGAACGACUGGCUGUAAGAAAAACUGCGGAUCGGAGGAACUCGAUUGUUAUAUUCUUGACAAUAGCGGAUUUGUCGUUAUAAGCGAAAGGCACGAACAUACUGGGAAAUUUUUUGGCGAGAUAGAUGGUACCAUAAUGGAUUCCUUGGUACAGGAUAGGAUCUACAGGAAAGUAACCGUGAUCGAUUAUCAAGGGACUUGUAGUCCUCAAGAAAGUCAUCGUUCUUCGGCACCAAGAACUACAUCAGCUUCCAUCUUGAAAGGCACCGCACUUCUUGGAAAUUUCAUUUGGAAUCUCUUUUUGAGUUUCAACGUUCAAGACAUUUGGCGUACGGUAGUGGCUUUUGCCAAAGACGCUGCUCAUUCCAUGCAAAACGAUGACGAUCUGAUAUUAUCCGACACCGAGAUCGAAAUUGAUUCGAAUAUCGAUGAUACCGAUGAACUAAGCAGCGAACUGAAUAAUCUCGAAUCGAUAGCACCCGCGGAAUCGACCGCGGAAUCGGUUGUUCCAGGAAAAGAAGAUUUUUCGGAAAUACCAGUAGCAGCUGCGAUACCCGUUUCACCGCCUACUACUCGUGCCACCUCUGCCCACUUUCCACCGCGCAAAUUAAGAUCUUGCGAAAAGAAGACGGAUCUUUAUAUUUUGCAACCCGAAAGAUUAAAUACCAGCGGACAAAGUAAUCCGCUCAAAGGGAAAUUAACGAAUUGUCAUGUUACGGGUUGCGAAAGGCCUUUCAGCGUGCAAAAAAUACGUCACACGAAUUUAAUCCUCCUCGUGGUAGACACGUUGUGUCCAUGCGGUAACAAACAACUCAGUAUCGAGCCCAUAGAAGCUAUGACGGAACCAGGUGCUUGCACGGCGAGAAGAGAACGACUUUACCGAAGAAGGCCGCCAAAAUGUAUUAAUUAUCAUCCAGAAGAGAUGGAAAUCAAGAUUUGCGGUGGCGCAACCCUGACGCAACUUGCUCGAUCGACGCAAAUCGUAUUCUUAUUAACGACCAUCUUGCUCGUCAGGUUGGCGUGACUCUCCAAUUAAAGCACACGCGCACGCUAAUUCACAAAUAUCAAUGAACAAAAUGAUGAACAAAAUGAUGAACAAAAUGAUGAACAAAAAAUGAACAAAUUGUCUAAG